GACUCCAGAAUUAUCCUAUUUCAGGGUAAUACUUCAUUCAAUGCGGACUGCGGUGCACCAAGAACUGCUCCGGAUGGAUCCAAAUCAGCUCCGUGACAUUUCACUAUUAUGAAAAAAACUGAAAUUAACAUGUCAAAAUUAGUUUUAAAAAUUAUCGUACAAAUAUGAUACUUAUCGUACAUUUGGCAACGCUAGCUAAAUCGGGUACCGCAAUCACAUGAUACACACUCCAAUACAGUAGGUGGCAGUAUACACUACUACGGAACCAAACGAUACCGACCGAAGAAUCAGUAGGAAAAAGACGUGCCUAACUGAAAAACUGAGUUUUUGUUUCAGUAAUAUUUGUCUGCAUUGGCUUUCCAUCCGUACAAAUGCAGAGGAAAAUGGUUGAAAAGAAAAUAGCAGUGCGGUCCCAAGAUCCGAGCCAGCGCCGGGUCUUGGACCGCGCCACACGCCAGCGUCGCCUAAACCGGCAGCUUGAAGCCCUAGAGAAGGACAACUUCCAGGACGAUCCGCACGCCAGUCUACCGCAGCUUGCCAAGAGGUUGCCCCAGUUCGACGAAAGCUACGAGUCGGGUAAAAAACGAAAAAAAACGAGAGGUGACCACUUCAAGCAGAGGUUUCGGAAGAACUUCCAGGCUCUGCUGGAGGAAGAGAAUCUGAGUGUGAGUGAGGGCCCAAACUACCUGACGGCGUGCGCUGAGCCCUCGAAGCUCCCGCAGAGGCACUUCUGCGCCGUGUGCGGCUUCCCCUCCAACUACACCUGUGUGUCCUGUGGGUCACGCUACUGCUGCGUGCGCUGCCUGGGCACACACCACGAGACCAGGUGCCUGAAAUGGACUGUGUGACAGAGGACCCUGUGUGUGUGAGUGUGUGUGAGCGUGAGCGAGUGAGCGAGUGAGCGAGUGAGCGAGUGAGAGAGUGAGAGAGUGAGCGAGUGAGCGAGUGAGCGAGUGAGCGAGUGAGAGAGUGAGAGAGUGAGAGAGUGAGUGAGUGAGUGAGUGAGUGAGUGAGUGAGUGAGUGUGUCUGCGCACACUGCUUGGAAAUGAGUUUCACUCUUCAGUCCCACCAGUCCCACCAUCCACCUUUGGGAUUUGAAGCUUCCAGGUCUUUUGUACCGUGAGGUCUGACAUGAGUAGAUUUGUGUUUUGUCCCAGGGAGUUCUGUACAGGAGGUCAUGGGUUCUAAUCCUGGUUUUAACAGAUUCAUGAUGCCUGUGUUGUGAAAAGCCGUAAUGUGGAAUUUUAAGGUAAUUAAGCGUUUCUCAAUGUUUUUUGUUUUUGCAUUGUUGACACAGAAUAAACAUUAAUUAUGUAUUUCACAAGAAA